AUGCGAGCGGGUGUGUCUCAUCGCUUAGAAAAUGAAAAUGGUAGUUUUGUUGUACUCCUGUUGUCAUGUACUAGUCUGAUGGUACUUGGUUUGGCGGUUGCUAAUUUUCGAUUUUAUAUGAAUCCAGAAACAAAUUACGUUCGUCUUCGUGGCUUACCUUUUGCAGCAAAAGAAGCUGAUGUGCGUAAUUUCCUUCAGGGUAUUUCUGCUAAAUCUGUUACAUUCACUUUAACUGCUAAUGGACGGGCGAGUGGGGAAUGUUAUGUUGAGUUAGCUGAUGUGGCAGCAGCAAAAGAAGCUCGUAAAUUUGAUCGAAAUGAAAUUAGUGGGCGUUAUAUCGAAGUGUUUCCUGUAACGGAAGGAGAAUUGGCAAUGAUGGUUCGACAUGGAGUUUUGCGAGGCACAGGCGAUUCGGUAGAUGGGCGUUAUUCUAGCAAUUAUGUUGUUCGUUUAAGGGGUCUGCCAUAUAGUGCAACUGUUGACGAUAUAAAAGAUUUUUUCUCAGGACUGGAUGUAGCGGACGUUGUCAUCGACAAGGAGCAGGGGGGUCGGCCUUCCGGGGAGGCUUUCGUUCGUUUGGCAAGCAAGCAGCACGCAGAAAUGGCUCUCGAAAGGAGCAAAAACUACAUGGGUUCGAGAUAUGUUGAGGUCUUCCGCAGUUCUGCUGAAGAAAUGGAAAAUAGCCAUUAUGCAGCACGUGGAAUUCCACCACCAACAGGCGGUCCUAUUCCACUUCGUGGUUUAAGUCCACCGUUGGAUUAUCGUUAUUCGUUCAGAGAACGUUACGGUUAUGUUGGCGGAUAUGGCGGUGGUGGAGGAUAUGGUCCUAUGCGUGCUUUCGGUAAUCGUUCUCGGCCUUCGCCUUAUGAUCGGCCGUUUGAGAGAGAUAGAUAUCCAAGACCUCGCUACGAUGAACUUGAUGAAUUUGCUUAUGACGCACCUUUAAAAGUCUUUAUGCGAGGAUUGCCGUACAAUGUAUCAGCGAUGGAUAUUGAGGAAUUUUUUAAGCCGUUACAUUGUGUUGAAAUAAAGCUGGGCUAUAAUGAUGAGCGUCGACUGUCUGGUGACGGCCUAGUUACUUUUGCGUCAGCUGCAGAAGCAAGGGAUGCAUUGUCACGUAACAAAAGAAAUAUUGGAACCAGGUACAUUGAGUUAUUCCCAGGUACUAGCAUUCCGUAUCCCUUGAAGUGCACAGCAUUUCGUACAAUUGGAGGUAUUGGUCCCCGUGGCCCACCUCCACGAAAUUACAGCUCUUUUGCUGAAGAUGAUGAAUUUGGUUACGGUGGCUAUGGUGGAAGUGCUGGCAAUGGCAGUGGUCAACAGUAUUACAACGAUCAAUACGAGGGUCGUCAGUCGAAAUAUAGUCGUGAAUGGGGUGAACCUCCAACUAGAGCAGCAUGGUGA